AAGUCGGCAACCUUCAAAUUUCAACUUUGAGGUUAACAUAACAGCACGAAGCGCGUAAAUAAUUUGUAAAUAAAGUUACCAAGAUUAUUGAAUAAUCUUAAAAAAUCCUUCAAAAUGCGUUUUUCUAUUAAACAUGCAACUCUCGGUAGUGAGCGUAUUGGUACAUUAACAGGAUUUGUGAAAUCUCCGGGCACUGUUAUUGAAACUCCGACGGCAGCUCUAUUUACUCAGGGAGGCAGUGUACUGCAUCUAACUGCAGAAGUGUUAGCCAAAGUAUUUUCAACUCCGCAAUUGUUAUGGGUGCCUGUUUCAAACUCUUUACAACUAGAAGCUGGCAUGAAGGCUCAAGGGGAAGGUGUGGCUAAGUUUGCUGGACUACCAGAACACCUAACUUGUGUGGCUCCACACAACAUGAGUGAAGUAACUCCUUCUGGACAUUUUGAACUUGAUAGAGUACCUCUAUGGACCAAGAAUGGGAAGAAAAUGGUUAAUGCGGACAGAUAUAUGGAUUUGAUGGAAGUAUACAAACCAGAAAUAAUUUUGGCGAUUGCAGAUGGCCGGACAGCACUUAAUGAGGGUUAUAAGAGAAUCAUGAAGUCCCUGGAUAGAAGCUGUAACAUGCUGGAUACUUGUGUGUAUCGAUAUAAGGCCUCAAAGCAGCUUCGACAUAGUGCCCUAAUUGGUGUAGUAGUAGCCACAGGAAUGCCAAAGAAAUCUAAUGAAAGCAUAGAACAUGUACUGAAAUACAAAGAUGAUCUUACCGGAGUUGCUUUAGCUGGUGUAACUGAUGCAACAGAUGAAUCAAACAAAUUAGCCUUGGAGAAGAUAGAAAGUAUUUUUAAAACAGUUAGUGAUAAAUUACCAAAAGACUUAUUACGAGUAGUAGAAGGCUGUUGGAACCCAGCAGUCAUAGUAGCAGCGAUAGAGCAAGGAUGGGACCUGUUCGAUGGGUCCUACCCCACGAAACUGAGCAACGCGGGCCAAGCAUUGGCGCUGAACUUCGAUACGAGUCGACAAACUACAGAGCCAUGUAUCUUAGAUCUGAAUGACGAAAGGUAUAUAGAAGAUUUUACUCCAGUAUUAGAAGGGUGUGAUUGUUUAACCUGUAAGAAACAUACAAAGGCGUAUAUCCGCCAUCUUCUGAAUACAAGGGAGAUGCUUUCUUCAGUUUUAUUGAGCAUUCACAACCUUCACCACUUCGAUCAGCUGUUUGUCCACGCCCGGCAGCAUAUCGCAGCGAACACAUUCCAAACAUACAAAGCCCACAUAACCAAACAAUACGAAGCAUACAAACUACCUCAAACAACCAAUGGUUUAACCGACAUCAAAGAAAGUGAUAUUAAAAUGAACGGUACUGCGAACAUUAAGAAAAGAUUGCGCGUGAGUGACGAUGAGAUUACUAGUCCAGUAGUUAAUGGUAGUGUAUAUUAGCAUUUUGUUAGAAUAAAUUAGUUCUAGAACAUUCGACGUAGUACCUCGUUUUUCCAGUGUAAUUACACACCCGUGUGUUUUUAAUGGCCCGCGAAUAUGAUUAUGCGAUAAUUAAAAUAAUACUUUGUAAUGAAACGAAAUUACAGACUAUUUUUAAAUGAAUAACAUUUUGAUUAAUUAUACAAUUUUAUUUGUUUGUUUAAGUCAAUUAUUUUCGUUUUUUAAGCGCUAAAAAUGCACGGUUUUUGCUUUGUUACUAUUAAAUAUCAUGAUUGAUGAUUUUGAAUGACGUCAUUUUUUAAUCAUGUUACUCAAAAGGGAUGUUGGGUCUGUCAAAAACGUUUGAUACACACCUAUACUAAAACUACUGCAUUUAUAAAAGUUUUUAAUCAAAGGACCAUUUUUCUAACAUUGAAUUUUGACUGAAACAACAUCCCUUUUCUACAAAACAAGGUAAUAAUAAUUAUUAUUUCAAUAAUACUGCUUCAUUGGUGGUCGCAAAUGCGACUGCGGACAAGGGGUCUCGGGUUCGAUUCCUGGGUCGGGUAAAGUAUUACUGGGCUUUUUUUUUUUAGGUUUUCGAAAAUUUCUCAGUAGUAUCACGGAGUUUGGAAUUGUGCCCUGUAUAUGGCAAUAGGUUCACUCCCUAUUACAUGGGACUUAUAACACAAAUGGUGAAAAUUAGGUGUACAUUGUAUAGCGGCAUUACGUGCCGUAAUGUGCACCUCUGCUUACCCCUUCUGGGAUAAAAAGUGUGACGUUGCAUAUAUAUUUUAAUAAUAAUAAUAAUGUAGUAUAAAUCUGUAACCCUAGUUAGCAAAUAAGACUAGUACGUUAUACGAAUUUGAAGUUGUGAUUUAAGUUAUUAGUUAUUUAAUUUUAUUUUAAACAAUGUGAUGCACAACCAAAAACUAACAGAUUAAUUGUGAUCUUACAACAAUGUUGGCUUUAAAAUCUUAUUUUCCUUUUUCGUUGAAAAAAAAAAUCAUUUUUUGUGAUUGUUCUUCAUCGAUUUUGGUUAUUUAGUAUGUGAUUAUUUUUUCCUAUAAGGGGCCAUCCAUAAAUUGCGUCACACAAAUUUCAUGAUUUUUGACCCCCUUCCCCGUCCUUGUCACAUUUGUGAGACCUCUCCCUCCCUAGUGUGAUGUCUUAUUUCAUAAUUUUAUAUCUAGUAUUUUUUGAGUUUUUCGAUAGUAGUUCCAAGUUCAUGUUAACAGUUAGAUUAUAAUAAUUGAAAUGUGACGUCAAGAAAUUUAAUACCCCCUCCCGCCCCCUUGUCACAUAAAGUCACACUUCGUCAAUCCCCUUCCCCCCUUAACGUGUGACGUCUUUAAUGGAUGGCCCCUAAUGGUAUUGUUUGUAUAUCUCGGUCCUUGGGAUUUUUGCUUUGUUUUCGUUGAUAAUUAAAGGAUUUAGUCUUAAGGAAGUCCCUAACAAGUGAUUAUGCCUCGAUAGUAAUACGGAACUAAUAUUCAUCAUAAGAUAUAGUGCAUUAUGCUUAUCAUAGCCUUGGUAUAUUGAUUGCAAAAGAUAUAAAAUUGAUAUGAACGUUGAUAGUAAUUGACAAACUGAUUGCAAAUGUACCUGCUCAAGUAUUUACUAAACAUAUAGUACAAUGUAUUCACAACGCAAUUAUGUAUUCAAACUAAUCAUUGUCUACUUCUAUAGUUGAAUUUUCCUAAGAAUUAGGUACUUAAAAUAGUUAUGUUAAUUCUAGUUUUAUACGAUUUUUUUUUUGUUUUCCGUAUAGCCUCGGUAGUUUUAAGGUUGAUUGUUGCUUGGCAAUUUCGUGUUAGACGUUAGUUAGACAGUUUACUUAGGUACCCUAUAUUGGCAUUUAACGUGUUGAAGUUUGUUAUUUUAAACUGCAUGUACCGAAUAUUUAGAGCUUCAGUAUCACGCAAUGCGAUACUGUCGUUUAGACAAUUUUACACUCUAUUAACAUAUAGGUAAUGUUCAUAAUAAUUGGUUUAAUUUAGUUUAAUUACUGCGUAAUUCGUCGUGAAUGUGACUGGCCAUGACCACGAAAUGUUUGCUUUCAAUUCCCGGUUCACUAUUGGAUUUCUUUCAUUAUGGAAUUCAUUAAUUUCAUUUGAUUGUUUGCAUAUGGCACUAAAUUAGACAAUUCGUUAGUUUUUCGUCUGUUAAAUCUAAACCAUCAGAGACGAAUAGGUGUUAUUAUAAUAAUAUACUUACUAUUAAAUAAUUUCACAUAUAAUAAUUAUAAUACAAAUCAGUGUGCAACCUAGCAUUAGUAACUUAUAUAAUUUAUUAAUAUAUUUAUAAGAUAUGAAACCUCCUUGUAAUAUUAAGCAGGGUAAAAAUUAUGGUUGUAUGAGGAACAGAAUAGUUACCAAUAUAUCCUGACAUCUCAUUACAUGGGACCACUGUACAUAGCAAGGUCAGUUGUGACUGGACUACUAACACGACUACUUCAUAUAUUUUUACAUAAGGUUUUGUCAGCCAUACAGCCCGUGAUUUCUUACCCUGCAAUGGACAACGCGUGAUUUUUAUAUACCUAUAUAUAUAUAAAUAUUCAUGUUAUAUAUUUUCCGCCUGUUUACUUUAUGUAGCUUGUAAUAGUACAAUAAAAAUAUUAAUUAUUA